UGUAGAGCUCGCGCCUCUUCAGACUCAGACACCUUGGAGACAAGAAGACAGCGCGAGCACGACUCACAUGCGGACGUAUAAAAUGCUGUUGAACAACAAAACGAGUCUGACGAGUCGGGCGCUGGCUGAAUUCUAACAUUACUCUGCGAGCAGAAGAAGAGCCAUGAAGAAACACCUGAGUCCUACGAAACAGCAUCAACAGCCGCAGCCGCCACCACCGGCUGAAGUCCCGGUUCCAGCCUGCGAGGUGACCGUCCAGCAACUCAACGAGCUCCUGUCCGACGGCAAUGGCUUUUACAGCCUACCGACACAGCACUUCAACGAGGUCUUUCCCAGGAUAUACAUCGGUAACGCGUUUGUCGCUCAGAAUACAAUGCGUCUGCAGAAACUUGGUGUGACGCACGUCUUAAAUGUAGCAGAGGGCACCUCCUUCAUGCAUGUGAACACCAGUGCGGAUUUCUACGCUGGCACGGGCAUCACCUAUCAUGGCAUCCAGGCCAAUGACACAGAGCAGUUCGACCUCAGUGCCUUCUUUGAGGAAGGGGCUGAUUUUAUCGACAAGGCCCUAGCGCACAAUAAUGGCAAAGGGAAGGUGUAUGUACACUGCAGAGAAGGCUACAGCCGCUCCCCCACCAUGGUUGUUGCUUACCUCAUGCUGCGCCACAGAAUGGAUGCACGGCUGGCGGUGGCCACUGUGCGGCACAAGAGAGAGAUCGGUCCUAACGACGGCUUCCUUCGCCAACUGUGCCAACUCAACGAGAAGCUGGCAAAGGAGGGCAAGCUGAACGGGGACCUGGGCAAAUUAAAGGCCAAGUGAAAGCUGGAGAGGUGCUGCCCCGUCUCCUCCGGUCAUGCCUUUGACUGGCUGCAGCUGCUCUGGUAGACUGACCCCACCCUGACCAAACCAGCACUCAUCUAACACAUCAGGGGUAUUCUGAAGCAUACAUGCAUUUAUCUGUGGAAUUAUUCCCCGUGUUCACACACACUUGCACAUGUACAUGCUGUUCUGUUUGAAUCUUUAGUCCAUGUCUCUCACUGCUGUUCUACAAAGAGUGUGAUCUCAGAAAAAACCCAUCCCCCUUUUUAUAACUCCACACAGAUUUUGCUGCUCAUACCCUAAAGCUCUGAAUUCCUCUCAUUUCUGAGCUACUUAAAGCAUUCCUUCAAUUCCCACAACUUAGAAAUUUGAUAUCUUUGCCCUGAUUUUAAAAUUUUACUUACAAACUUGUAGGAAAUAGAAGAUUAUAGCACAAUCAUUCCAUAGUUUACCACUGCCGGGAAUGUCAGUGAUGUCUCCGCCAGCAGGAGUACUCUAAAUAAUUCCAAAUAAACUCCUAAAUAUUGAAAGUUGAUGGCCACAAAUGAUGCAACACAGAAUGGAUGAAGGAAAAUCCCACAUUCCAUUAAAUCUUAAAAAAAAAAAAAAUGACGCCCAGUCUCAAUCCUAAAAAUCCUCAAUUCUUCCCGUUGGAAGAUAGAUUUAAUGCACAAACACAGAUGACUCACACUCUAAUGCACCCUAAUACACAAUGUAGCAUUUCAGUUAACAGACUCUCAGGCCUCUAGUUUGACAGCGGUAGCAUGAAAUUUAUCUGGAGCGCAAACGGUUGUCGACAGUCCGCCGCUGCCGAGAACAGGAAAAGGUCGAGCUAAUUAAAAAGAAUGAGCUGCGUGAGGCGUUCGCGUAGCAGCCAUAUUUAGCCUCUGAUAUGAUGAGUGUUCACUGCAGUUGGAUAGUAGCUCAGUAGAGUAGAUGCAGAAAUCUGAGGAGAACGCUGGAUCAAAUAUCUGAUUAAAAACAGGAAAUGCUUUGCCUUCAGUUUGAAAUGAGCUUAUUUUCAUUCCCAGUAAUGGGCCCAUGUGAGUGGUUUUAAAGUAUGUUUGUAGCCAGAGGACGGCUUUUCUUUUCUUUCUUUUAAUAACAUUUGUAUUAAAAAUAAGUUUAGGUUUGAUAGUCUUCAAAUUUGCGACACUGCAACGGCAUGUUAGGGUCACUAAAGGUUAACAAAAAAUAAAAUUGAGGCUAAUGUCACAAAUUUACAAGAAAAAAACUUGUAUCUGCCUUUGUUUCUCAUGAAUUUGUAUGUUUUUGUAAAAGAAUAAAUUGUCCUUUUUUCCUGAAUUUAUGAAUAUGAUUGUAAUCUUGAAGAUUUUGGACUUUUUCUCAGAUUGUAAACAUCCUUACCAAGACCCUUACACACUCGCAGUGGCCCUAAUACACUGUUGCUAAAUGUUCUUAAAAUACCAUAAUCAGUAUGUUGUUUGUCAGUAACUCUUGCUUUGUCUUUCAGCUUAUUGCUUUCCUUUAAAAAAUAGUUUACAAAGUGCUUUGACACAAUACACAUUAAAGUCACAUACAAAGAAACAAAAAUAAUCUAAAUUUUAACAUUUUAAACUGAACAUGCAUUAGUGAAAGAGUAGAAACAGGCGAUAAGCAAAACAAUGACCAGAAGGGAAUAGACAUCCAGUUAUGGAAUCACACAAAAGCCAAAGUAUAAAAAUGUGUUUUAAGAAGUGAUUUAAUGCAGGUUGCAUAAUUUUCAUGUAUUGUUACAUGUUAAGUCAUCAUCAUGAUCUCAAUAUGGAGAAAAUAACUAACUAGGAUUAUGAUUUUUUCUGAAACCCAGCAGCACGACUUCUUGUUCUUAGAGGAAAAUCGUAACUUGCUUAUCUUUAUCAACAAGGCUAAACGUAAAAUACUCCCAAACAAUUUACUAGUUAUACUUGCACUUGCCUCCUUUAACAGCUUACUGAGCUGAAAUGAUAAUUUCCCCUGUAGAGACUGCCCUCCGGUGGUGUUUCUCUGCAUUACACAUCAAAGCAUGACCUCAUUUCUGCACCUGUAUCAGGAGCUUCUAUUUUUUUGAUAAGAUUUUUCUGGAUAAUAUAAAGGUAACACAAGGCUGUUGCAUGUGAAUGUAGGUUCUUCAGUUAAAGAUGGCAAAAUAGUUACUGUUGCACUUUGAGCAGUUUAUUCAUAACCCGCUUUCUCAAACCCAGAGGUGUUUAAGAUGUUUACUCUGCCACCUUCAAACUAGGGGCCUGUUGUUUUAACUGUCAAAUGCACCACCCAGAUGGGAUGCCACCCGCUUUCAACAGAAAGAUCCAGCCAUCACGCCACCAGAGAGUUGCCCACUGCCAAUUCCCUGACACAGCCAUUCACUCAGAAUCCCAAAACCACUGUUUCAUCCACACAGAGGUCCCCACACAACAUGUCACUUAUCUCACCCCUAAAUGUGUGUGUCAUACGCUAACUAAUACACACACAGGGUCAAAUUAGAUCACAAUUUGUUGUUUUUGUUUUUGUUUUGUGUGCACUAAAGCAUUGCAAUAUAUGUCAAUACCCCAUCCGAUAUAUAGAAUGUAAUCACAUUUAUAUGACUAACAAGGCAGUAGCUGUUACAUAUAGGCAACUUUAGUUCAGCAGUACAUUUUGAAAGACACUGUAUUUAAUACUGGGCAUAAUACUGUAAACUAGACCUAGUGCCAGGAAGGAUGGCGAUGGAGUGAAUUCUUGUACCACAUGAGUCCUCGAGUCUGUUUUAGAAGUUGCACGAGCGAGAUCAGACACGCAUAGACUCGUGAACUAAAUGUCAUGUUGGCAGGAUUGUUGUCACGCAAGAGAGGAAGAUGAAAACUAGGUUCUCACCUCAUUAAUGGCACUAUUUAUUCCUCCUUUGAUAUAUCUGUAUACAUUUAAAUAUAUACAUGUAUACUGUAUAUACAUAUUUAAGUGUUGACAUAUAUGAAUGUAUGAGCAAUGUGUCUAUAACGUGUAGGUAACGUCAGUAUCGUCUUUAUAUAACAUGUUCUAAUUGUAUGUAGCGCUUUCAUUCUUUCUGUUAAUUACAUGCACAUUAAUAUAUGGAUAUGAUGUGCAUGUAAAUUGUUCUGUGUAAUUGUGGUAGUUCAUAUCGCAAUUGUGCAAAACGUGCUUAUGAUGGCAGGGUUUUUUUUUCCUGGUGUAGCCAGGAUACUGGGGCAUGUAAUCAUUGUAUCUAAGUAGCGUUUUGUACAGCGUAACGUCUUCAUAUCAGUGCAAAUGGAUUCAUUAAAUACAGCAAGAUGCAGGUGGCAUCAUUAGACGCAAGUGACCAUCACAUCCAAGGAUGGACUCAUCCCGUCACCCAUUUCAUUUGGCAUUAUUUCCAUCUCUCGCUUAUGAUGCUUUAGGAUCAAUAUAUGGGUUUGUUUGGAUGAGAGUAUUAGUGAGAGGAAUAUUUUUAGAGGUGAAAGGAAAUAACAGGAGCACGUCUGGUGUCACUCAAACCACUCGUGCUUAUGGAAUGAAACAAAAAAAGGAAAUGGAAAAAAUAUGACCAAAAAUAUUGCAUAAAAGAUCCAUGUCCAGACACUAAAGGGAGGUUUUGAAAAGUGACAAAAGGCAUUUGAUAUAAAGCUAAAGAUCCACCUUGAGUGCCUGGACUUGGAUAUUUUAUGGUCCUAGUUUUUCAGCCAUUCAGACCUUGCAGAUCUGUAGUCUUGUUGCUGUCUCCUCUUACGUAAAGCGAGCACAAAGCAGUCAAGCAAAGUGUGCCAUUAAAUAAGUCAGCUUUUACAUUUAUAUUUUUCUUUAUAAUUGUAGGUACAUUAAGCAGCAGAUUGAGAUUAAAGUCUCACAUUAAAUGUUCAUAUUUCAAAGCAAGCAAUGGAAGUCUACCCAAAUUAAUCACUUACUUGUUUGAAAAUGAAUUUUUCAAGAAGCUAUUUGACUGCUCCAGCACAUUUUUAUGUCUUAAAGUAAAAUAUCUUCUGCUGUUGGACUGUUAAUGAUAAUUUGGCUCUGGGAAAUUACAAAGUUCAGUUUUCACUUUUUUUCAGAGGUUUUAUUCACCAAAUCACCUAUUGAUCAAUCAGGAGAACAAUUCUCAGAUUGAUUAAUAAUGAGGAAAAAGCACCUUCCUGGUCCGUGUAGUGCAAGUAAAGAGUACAUGAGCCUACAAAUAUACAGCCAGCAGAGACAUUUUAAAGGCCAUGUGUUUGUGCUGAUUCCAAAACAUACACUGAAAUGUCCAGUGCUGCUGUGGCCUCUGACUCAUUAUUGGCCAGGAGGAAAAGUCAGAGAAGGUAAUGUUCUCACAGGGAGUUAAAACCGAGGACAAACCCCGCAGAGCGAGAACACGAGUGCGCUCGUGAUUGCGGUUCAUGCGCAGGUUGUUCCAGUUGACUCUGAGCCCUCUCAUUUGGCCAUUUUUAUACAUGUGAAAAUGUUUUAAGGAAAGCAUUUGACUUCACAUCUUGCAAACGCUGCUUCCUCUUGUGGCAAGAUAAAUCGGGUGCAGUAGUUCAAAUUCCCGACCUUUAAGUAUAAUUUAGUAAAUGCGUCAUACCACUCAUUCCCAUCACCUCAUCAUGAACCCCACACCACCAUUAUUAUCAAUGAAAAGGUAGUACAGAUAAACGGCUAUAUUAUGUGUUUAAAUUGUCAGUUCCAAGCGACAUACGCGACAAAAACGAUUUAUAUUAUAGAUGAUUGGCUUUGUCAUCAUUCAGAUGGCCUGGGGUUUCACUCAUGCAACUGUUUGGAUCUGCUCUAUAAUACUGCCCUCCUUCUGAAUACACAAAAAGCAACAACAAGACACAGUUUGGUAUCUCUUUAAAUUUGGGAAUUGGUAUAAAUGUCCUCAGCUCAUUCCAGGAUGAGGGUAUGUACUUUAAAGCAUCAACUGCCUACACCGACCGGCUUAUCGAGUAACUCAUGGAGGGUUUUUAAAGCACUCUGUGGUAGGCCAAACUAGCCACGGUAGAUGUUUUCUGAUGCAACUGAAAUGACUUUUUGGAUGCAAUGAUGUGAACAGAGAGUUUUUAUCAUGGCAACACUGCUGGCUAAAACACUGUUCUGUAAAAGAAAAAAACACUGCCACCUGCUUGUUCAACAAAUCUACUGGUUUGCACACCAAUUUUAAUUAUUUAAAGUGGACCUAUUAUGCAUAUGUAUUUUUCCAUUUUUUUAUUACUAUAACAAUGAUGCAUGCUCAUUUUACAACUUACAGUUAGGGAGCUAAAAUGGCUCAGUGCAAACAGAAGACAAAUGGAGGGGCUGCAUCAAGGCUCAGUAUGAAAUAAAUAUGGAUUGUUUUGAAUGAGAAUUAUGCAAAGCUUUAGACUGUAUUUAUAUAGCUACAGUUCACAGCAACAGUUCUCUUGAGGUACUUUAUAUAUUAAGAUGAAUAUUGGCUGCAAUAUUAGUGAGAGAGCCUCAACAUUGAGCAUCAGCAAUGGUGGGGAGAAAGAACUUACUUUUAAUAGGAAGAAACUGGCUCGUGGGGGGGAAGAGAGAAAACAGAACAAAACACAAACUCCAGACAAAAUCAAAAUUAAAGUCAUGCAGUUGUGGCAUGGAGACACACAGGGCGUCGUUAAGGGUCACCUUAUUCAAUGCCAAUUAUCAUUCUCCUCAAGGAAACUUUAAAGAGAGGUCCUUUGUCUCCUGAACCCAAUGUACAGGUUCCUUAGCUGAAUGGCUCCCAUUCAACUUUUAGAAACUUUAGGAACCACAAAUAACUGGGGAUUUAUGCUUCAUCUUAUCUGCAAAUAAUUCUGAAACCCUAUCACACAACCUACAUCCUAACCCUAGAAAUGAGGCUACAAGUCCCAUAAACAUGGCCCACAACUACCAUGAUUGGCCUGUCCAGUACUGUUACCACUCAGCCGUAAAACGCCGGUGGGAUAUUGUCAUCACGCUGCCGGUCGGGCAUGUGGGCGGGCGGUGUGGACACCCAAGGUUGUGAAUGUAAUAAGUGAGAAAGAGGCAACCUAGGAGUUUCAAAUUGAUACCAUAGAUGUAUCUGUUAAAAGUGUCAGACAAGUUUGGAUCUCAGUGAUCUCAACCCCAAGGUCAAGGUCAGAGGUCAAGUUUUCUGAAAAUCUUCUAAAUCCGAUAACUCAAAAAGGAAGUCCAAGGAUUUUGAAACUGAUGCCACAGGUGCAUCUGUAUUUUAAAAUUUGUCAGUAAGAGAAUAAUAACCAUUGCCUCAAUAUAAGGAAUAAUAAUCAUAGUAUCAAUAUAAGGGCAAAUAUCAGCAAAUUCCUGAAGGGCUACUGCCAAACCUGUUGGAAUGGACAUGAGGGAAUGUACAGAGAAGUGGAAAAACUUGAGGGAUAAAUAUGUUUGCCUUUGAAGAGAAAAAAUACUGACCACAACAAAGAGUCGUGACGCCAGGAGAGAAAAAUGCCGGACAUUUUAUUUGUUUCUAUCGUGGCAGGCACCGCAUUUAAAACACUGGGACACAACCACAAGGUAAUUAACACACAACCAUAAAUGCUGCCAGCAAUGUCGGCUGCUGGAGUAGUUCAUGUCAUAGCCUCUAAAAAGACUCACUGCAGAAGUCUAAAUCAGAUAAUACUCAGAUAAUAAUUCAGAUAUAAGAUACCGUAGGAUCUGAUUGUGAAUGCUAACCAUGAUACUGAAUGAUUUUAAGGAGAAGGGAGCCAGUGAAGAGAAGCCAAUAUGGAUCUGGAAAUGAGCAUAAUAGGUCCACUUUAACACAUCGUAAGUAUGUAUAAUCCAGUCUCAUGUUGUUUGUCUAUGUCUCUUUUUAUUUAUUUUUUUGCCCCUUAUGUGAAACCCUGAAUUGCCAAUCUGAAGCACCCGUUUGUUUAAACAGUACCAGCAUCAUUUUGUGGGUAAUAGAGUAUGUGUUAUGUAUUAUCGAAAAUGUUGAAAUGCCAUUGAUAUUGAUAUAUAUGGUUCUAUAUUCUGAGUAUGUAACAAAAGGCAUUAAGACCGUUGUGAAUUGCUGCAUUUUACUGUAACUGGGCUGUUACAGUGUAAAGAUAGGACAUUGUUUGAUAUUGGGAGUUAUUAAAAAAAAGUUUUGACUUAUUUUCUCCUUAAAGUAACAUUUAGUUUUUUAAUCUAGAUUAAAGUUUAAUCUUAGUUUCAUUAAAGAAGGCUGUUUGUUUGUUUGUUUUUAUUUCAGAGGGGUUUUUUUCUAUGGUAGGAAAUGUGUGACCCACUUCUCCAGUGUAACCAGUGAGUUCAUUAUCUGUGUUGUUUUUGGAUGAGUCACUCACAUGUUUAAUGGUAGUUAGACUAGGGCCAGACUGUAAUUGCAGCUCAUUCAUAGCGCCCGUUUUAAAACCAGAGAGGAGGAUGGAGGGUUGUUAAAUUACUCGACUGGAGCCAGGUAGUUGUGUUUAUUAUUUCAGAAAAGUACCUUAAAUUGACUUACAAAUAAUUUCCUGCGAUUUUCACUCAAACUCGCUGUCCCGUGUGGCGUGUCUCGGCCAUCUGUAAGGCAAGAAGCUGCCAUGUUUAAGACCUCUGUGACUGACAGCCGAUAUCUUACAUCAUGGAAACUCAUCUGGCUUCAUGAUGUAGUAAACUCCUUCCCUUCUCUUACCCUUCAGGGCGUUCAAACAAACACCGGAAAUGACUUGCAAAUACCAUCUGGCGCAGGUAAGGCGCUGACAUCCAGAGCUGUCAUCAUUUUUCUUCCACUUUGCACUCCCAUCCUGAUAAACAGCUUAAAGCAAGAGUUUUAGCACAAAUGAGCCCACUGCCCGACUCCUAAUGGAGUCCAUUACACAGUCUCGUCACAUAUUUCUGUUGUACAGAUAUGUACAGAUGUUGCAAAGGAUGUUGUUGCGAUGAUGUUGUAUUGGCUGUUAAUGGGUAUAUGCACAUAUAUACUGAUCGGUGGCAAAUUAAAGGAAAAGUGAGGGGAUCCAGUGGCUUUGUUGUGCUGUUGGAGGCAUUUUGCAGGCAUGGUUUGUCCCCUUAAUGACAUUUGUCUCUUCCAGGAUGACAGUAGCCCCAUAAACGGGGCACAAAGAGUGGUUUGGAAAUUAUGUGAGGAAACUGUGGCUCAUCAUCAUCCAAAUGCCAGUGCCAAGGAGCAUUGAAGCCACUCUUGCAGCUCAUAGUCGUGCCACACCUUUAAAAGCCACUUUAUGUUCUUAUUUUUUUCCUGUAAUCUGUCACCUUUCUGUACAUAUAUAUAUUUGUCACCACCACUGUCAUCUCAGCAUAAGCAUCACAACAGUAACGACACGGCACUCGGCACCCAAAGCCUUACGGAAACGAUCGAUUCUUUACGAUAUGUUUUUGAGUUUUUUGUGUAUCUCACUUCACACAGUAGGAAGGGACAGCUCCCUUAUUAUAGAGCGAGACAUCGUUGAAGUGCACUUGAUUUUAAAUUGCAAUGUUAUUUUUCUUACCUUUGAGAAGUCCCUUCUUUCUUAUGUUUAAGAAAUAAAUGGCUGAGGUAUUAACGGC